UGCCGAUUGGGGUGCGUCAGAGGAGUGCAUAUCUGCACUGUUUAAAGCGGCUCCGUAUCAGUUAGACGGACUGGAGAAGUUGUGGCACGCGUCGGAGGCGGAGAAUGAAGAUUUGCCAUACGCAGACGGGCAUGCAUAUGGAGAGGACCAAGUGUCGUAUCGUCGGCAGUUGAUGAAGCCUCAGAAACAACUCGGGCGGAAAGCACUGGUCACUCGGCAACGGAUUCAACGGAUAUUCGAAUACAUCGCAACGGUCCCAGAGUUCUAUGUGCUUCUUAAUUCUCAUAUUCGGAAAAAAUCCCUCGUUGAUGAAGAGUAUGUAUGGUUUCCUCCUCGAGAAAAACAGCAGUCUAUUUGACUUCCAGAACAAAAAAACUUGGUUUUACUCAAAUCUGAAAGACGAGCUGUCGGUUAAUCCGUGGUA